AUGAGCAAUGCAGUCUCCAAAAUCAUCAAGACACUCAGCGCCCCAGACUCCACAACAAAGAAAGACUGGGAGGUAAUCGAAACUCAAAUGGAAACCGCCCUACCAAGCGACUACAAAGAACUGAUCGACCCCAGACUGCCGAAACAGGCACUACGACCUGGUGGACUUACCGACUACACGACCGAGGCCAACGAAACAAUGUGGGAGAUUGAGGCCAAGCCGCCAGAGCUGCAGAUACAAGGCAGCUUUGUGAUCCCCUGGGCGACGACAGAUAAUGGCGAGAAUCUGUUCUGGCGGUGUCUCCCCGGCCAGCAUCCAGAUGAGUGGACUGUUCUGGUGAAUCAGGGUCGGGACUGGAUGUGGGAGUAUCAUAAAAUGAGUUGUACUGAGUUUCUCCACUCGACUCUCAAGAAGAAGAUUCAAUCUGAAAUCCUUAGUGAUGAUUUUCCUCUUCGUCGUCAUGUCUUUAGGGGUUUCAAUCCGGUUCCGAGCUCUGCUGUCAGGCAUACGGGAAUGAAGAAGCCAAAGAGAAUAUUGAGGGAGAGGCUUGUGAGGAAUGGAAUACCGAGGACUCGGGCCAUACCUCAUCCUCAACGGUCAUAG